GCAAGGUGCAACUCUCCCAAAACAACACGCACCACAAACACAAACCAUGGCCUCCAGAUCCGACACGGAGCUCUUAACGGAGCAUUUCGGCUACCCCCCCGUCAGCCUCCUCGACGAAAUAAUCAACGCCAUCAACUUCCUCGCCGAACGCGCCCUGCACUCCAUCGAGCAGGGCCUGCUCAACGCGCCCCCCGCCUCCCUCGGCUUCCGUCCGUCCAAACGCAACCACAACCACCCCAACCACACCUCCCAACCCAACGGCGAGAAUGCGCUACUACUAGAAGGCGAGACGGAAGAGGAAGCGGCCGCGCGCCGGCACCGCGACGAGGUGGAGUCGGGCACCCACCAGCUGGAGACGCUGCUGUGGGCGAGUAUCGACCGGGAUUUUGACCGGUUUGAGAUUUAUGUCAUGCGGAAUAUACUGUGUUUGCGGAAGGUGGAGAUGCAGUGGUUGCGGUUGGGGCAUUAUGAGGGGUUGGUUUUUGAGGGAGGGGCCGGUGCUGCUGCUGGUGGGGAGGGUGGUGAGAGGGGUACUGGUGGUGGUGGUGGUGGUGGUGGUGGUGCUGAAGGGGGGGAUGGGGAUGGGACUGGGGAUGCGGAUAAGGAUGCGGAUGCGGCAAGGUUGAGUGUGGAGGGCGUGAACCGGCUGCGGAGGCGGCUGCAGGCUAGCCAGAGGCUGAACUGCAUGCUGGUUGCGGAGCGGGCGAGGAAUGCCGCGCUGCUGGGGGAGAUGAGACGGCUGGUUGGGGUGCUGCCCGGGCAGGGGAUCAAGCUGGAGCCGGAGACGGAGCCUUCUGAGGCCGGGCAGCAGCACAAGCCGCCUUUCGAGUUCCUGCACGACAAGGGGGAUCUCACCGAGGGCGAUGCCGAGACACCGCUCACGACGACGGCUGCGUUCUCGCUCUCGCAGCUGCAGGCGCUGCGGGAACUGUCGACGGCGCUGAGGGGGGUCAUGGCCGGCUUGGCUGCGGGCGAUGAGGACGGGGAGGAUGAGGAAGCGGACGGGAAGGGGAAGAAGAGUUGGCGGAGGGAGAGGUUGGAAUAUGUCGAGACGGCAACCAAGAAGCACCUGGAGAAUGUGCGUGGGCUGGAACUUGGGAAGAACGGGGAGGUGAGGGACGGGGAGUGGGAUGGCGGUGGACCGAGUUUGGCAAGGGGCGAGGUGGAGAGUCUGGAGCGGGUGGCCGGCAUGCUCGGAGGGAGUGCGGAGCAGCAGGACAAGAUGGAUGAGUCUUGAAACUAGGUCGGAUGUUUUUUUAACAAUGACGGCGAAACUGAAAGAAAUUCUGCGAUAACGGCGGGACGGGAAGGCGUUUGGGUUGUUUAUUAUGAUACCAAGGGUACGGUUGUGUAGCCAGAUACGGUUAACCAUAUAUCAUCCGCCAGUUUAAACCCGAGCUCGGGCAAUUUAUUC